AGGUUAACAAUGCAACCAUCAGUGCAUCAACGACUCCACAAGAUGUCGGCAGCGGUGUGAUGUUGUCUCUUGACCCAACUGGCUUCCCAAGGACUGUUGUGGAGGUGCCUGGUGUUGUGAAAGUUGAACUCACCACCCCUGUUGAGGGAUUAAGGCGUAAAGGACAUAGAGCCAUCAUAACCGUUCCAGCCACAUAUGCUGGGAAACUGAAUGGGCUGUGUGGAGAUUUCGAUGGUGAUUCUGCUGACGAUGAAUCCCCCUGUUCUGGAGGCCCUCCUGCAGAUUGCUUUGUGGAUGACGGAAGUUGCGGAGCCUAGACUAGUAACACCAUUACCAAGCAUAUAAGGCAAGAUUACAGUGGACAGGAGGAUAACAGACAAGAUCUUAGAAACUCUGCAAGUUCAGCAUGCUUGAUCAAAUUGGGUUUAAUCUUAUUAUUUUUUUAAUCUAUUGGAUCUACUGUCUUUAACCUAUUGAUAUGGUUAUUAUGCAUUUUUGUCUUGAUAUUUAAAGAGUCCAUUUUUAAGGACACUGAAUUGGACUUUAUAUAUUUACACCUAGAAAUGACAGAUGAAAUUAUUUUUAGCAAAAUUUCU